GCGGACACUGCGUACCUAAGCAAUCAAGGAAACUUUACAUAGCCCUCCUGUAGCUAAAAGUGGCUAGCCGGCUAAUCGCCCGCACAGCGCAGAAGGUUGUUGUUGUUUUUUUCUGUAUCAAUGCUCAGGUAUUUGCUUUGCUAUUAUAAUAGUUUUCGACUCGGUCUCUAUUGACGAGCCAAGCGAAGCAAACGCCACCAAGUCAGUUUGAAUCCGCUCGACGACGUACUCGCCUUGCCGGGAUGUUAGCAUAUAAACCAACCAAGUAGCCCCGCCGUAGCGUCCGGAUGAUUUGAACAGCACCACGGGCUAAUUUUGGGGAGUCGGUCGUGGGGAUUUGCAUGAUGUCAAACAAGCGGUCCCCGCAAAUCGCUGGCGGUGCGAGUUCUGUGCCCAGCACAAGUAGCAGUACUAGUAGCAGCAGUGCUACAGGAGGCGCAGCGGUCAACCCCAGCGGUGGAAGCAACGGCGUCACGAGCAAUGGCAACAACUCUGGAACUGUUGUCCCCUCCCGGACACUGGCAGUCGCAGGUGACAGCGGCUUGUCGGUGCCAAAUUUGGUGGCCGUGUCGUCGUCCCGAGGUGGGUUCGCCUCUCUGAGUAGACCGGCCGCAUCCUUCGGCAGCAGGAAGAGGUCCCUCCACCAAGCACCUCUUUACAAUGGCCUGUUGAACUCGUAUGAAGAUAAAAGCAACGAUUUUGUCUGCCCCAUUUGCUUCGAAAUGAUAGAAGAGGCACACAUGACCAAGUGUGGGCACAGUUUUUGCUUCAAAUGCAUCCGUCAGAGUCUGGAGGAUAGCAACAGGUGUCCCAAGUGCAACUACAUUGUUGACAAUGUGGAUCAACUUUACCCAAACUUCCUUGUCAAUGAACUGAUCCUUAAACAGAAGCAAAGAUCAGAGGAGAAGAGACUCAAAUUAGAUCAUCCUAAUGGAUCCAGAUGGCAUGUUUUACAGGAUGUGUUAAGUCCUGACCAAGAGAACUUGGACCUGGCAAAUGUAAAUCUAAUGUUGGAGCUACUGGUUCAGAAGAAGAAGCAGCUGGAGGCGGAAUCCCAAGCAGCUCAGAGACAGAUCCUCAUGGAGUUUCUUAAUGAAGCAAGGAGAAACAAGAGAGAGCAACUGGAGCAACUACAGAAGGAGCUUAACUUCCUUGAAGAGGACAUUAAGCGUGUUGAGGAAAUGAGCGGGCUGUACUCUCCAAUGGAGCCAGAGUGUACAGUUCCCAAUGUUGAAGCCCACUCGCCAUCUCCCAGCUGUAGUAGUAUAAUUGAGCCAGCAAACUAUAACCAGCCGCCGGAAUUUGGAGGAACAGCCCAGGGGAAAAGGCAAACCUGGUAUAAUAGCACGCUAGCAUCAAGGAGGAAAAGGUUGACUGCUCAUUUUGAAGAUCUUGAGCAGUGUUACUUCUCCAACAAAAUGUCACGCAUCUCAGACGAAGGCAGGAACUUGAAUCAACUGGAUGACUUUAUGGAGUGUCUCUCCAAGUUCACUCGCUACAAUUCUGUGCGACCCCUGGCCACUCUCUCCUAUGCCAGCGACCUCUAUAAUGGGUCUAGUAUUGUCUCCAGCAUUGAGUUUGACCGUGAUUGUGACUACUUCGCCAUCGCUGGUGUGACCAAGAAGAUCAAGGUGUUUGAGUACGGCACUGUGAUCCAAGAUGCAGUGGACAUUCACUAUCCUGUCAAUGAAAUGACUUGCAAUUCUAAAAUCAGCUGUAUCAGCUGGAGUAGCUAUCACAAGAACCUCCUGGCCAGCAGCGACUAUGAGGGUACAGUCAUAUUAUGGGAUGGAUUUACCGGUCAUAGGUCCAAAGUGUACCAGGAGCAUGAGAAACGGUGCUGGAGUGUUGACUUUAAUCUGAUGGACCCGAAGUUGUUAGCAUCUGGCUCUGAUGACGCUAAAGUGAAGUUGUGGUCAACCAAUCUGGACAACUCUGUGGCCAGCAUUGAAGCUAAGGCUAAUGUCUGCUGUGUUAAGUUCAGUCCAACCUCCCGGUAUCAUCUCGCCUUUGGCUGUGCAGAUCACUGUGUCCAUUACUAUGACCUCCGCAACACUAAGCAACCAAUCAUGGUGUUCAAAGGCCAUCGGAAAGCUGUUUCCUAUGCUAAGUUUGUUAAUGGAGAGGAGAUCGUUUCUGCGUCGACAGACAGUCAGCUGAAGCUGUGGAAUGUCAACAAACCUCAUUGCCUGCGCUCCUUCAAGGGUCACAUCAAUGAGAAGAACUUUGUUGGCCUGGCCUCUAAUGGAGACUAUAUUGCCUGUGGCAGUGAGAACAAUUCCUUGUACCUGUACUACAAAGGACUUUCUAAGACUCUUUUAACAUUCAAGUUUGACACAGUAAAGAGUGUGCUUGAUAAAGAUAAAAAGGAAGACGACACCAAUGAGUUUGUCAGUGCUGUCUGUUGGAGGGCGUUGCCUGAUGGAGAGUCAAAUGUGUUGAUUGCUGCGAACAGUCAAGGAACAAUUAAGGUACUUGAGCUUGUCUGAAGACCCACCUGAUCCUUAUGUGAUAAAGACCGACAUCACACCCUGAGCUGCAUGGUUGACGAUCAGUUUGAUGGAAGGGAGAGGCCAAGCUGCCUACUGAACUCAGAACGCCCGAUGCCCUAGGAGAACUGAUAGAAAUGACUAUUUUAAUGAGCUAUAGAUUUUGGACAGCAAGAGAUUUGAUACUAGGGCAUCUGACCAAGUAUGAAACGCUGCCAUUUUAUAGAGGAAAAAAAUUAAGGAUGGGUACAAAAUACUUUUGUUUGAUUUCUGUUACUGUUAUAGCUGCUACAGUAAUGCAUCUCCAUGGUUUUCAGUCAGAUCUGUAAUUUUAUGCAUUUUUUUGGGGUUAUUUUAAGCCGUUGCUCCUGAUGGUACACAUCCAGCCAAAUGCUACCUGUAGUGUCAUUUCCCCCCUUAAAGCCUAAAGCACAGGACUAAUUGACAUGCAAGUUAUUCUUAGUCUUCACAUUCAACUUGAACUCUUAACCCAGCCGUGAAUGGUUUGUCUGACUCGUUCUGUGUAGUUUGUUUUCCAAGAUGGAAGAAACCAAUUGUAAUAAAUAAAAGUUGAAUUUAAUUCUGUCAAAUAUAUUGUCAGUUGUCAGACUGCAGAAUGUGAGUUUGUUUGACACAAGGAAGAUUAAUGGGUCACGGAAAGGUUGAGAAAUCCCUUCAUUUAUAUGAAAUCAGCCACUUUUUGUAUGUAACCAAAGGCAUGGAUCAAACAUGUCACAUUGAAAGCACUAGAAAUAUACUUCUCUAGAUGAAAACAACUGAGCCCAAUUGUAAGUCAGACGCACUGUCUAAUCGUUGCGGUAGCGUGUAUGGCAUAGUCCAUGUGAACAUGGACCGGAUCAAGAGGGUUUCAUAAACCCCACGAAGAUCUACCUAUUUUAUGACAAAUGGAAGAAGAGGUGUUUUCUAUUUGUAUAUCUGAAUAAAUUAUUUCAAAACUA